AUGACCCAUAUCGAGACAACAACCAGCACUCGACCACCUGGGACAGAACUUCUCUACGAUAACGACAAUAUUGGAGCAUCGACAAACCAUCUGCAAUAUGUCAAGGACAAGCAGGGAAACCACAUUAUUCUUGUGCCCCAGCCUUCUACCACAGACCCAAAUGAUCCGCUCAGAUGGUCAAAAGCCAAGAAAUGGAUCGUUUUCCUUAAUGGCGUCUUCUACGCCUUUAUGGGAAGUGUUACGGGCCCAAUCAUGGCUGCGGGCAUGAUACCAUUGACACAAAAAUUUGGUGUUUCGCUGCAGAAGCUGACUUAUGCGAACGGUGCCACUUUGAUAUGUCAAGGUGUUGGGAAUCUCUUCUGGAUGCCCUUCGCUAUCAAAUCCGGCAGGCGACCAGUUUACUUGCUCUCUAAUUUAUUGAUGGGCGUAGCAUGUAUCUGGCUUGGCAUUGCAUCGAACGCUACAUACAUACCUUUCGUCAUCGGCCGCGCCUUUCUUGGCUUAUUCGAAGCUCCCAUCGAAUCGAUUGUCCCAACAACUAUAACUGAUACAUUCUUUCUCCACGAGCGUGGGGCCAUGGUUUCGAUAUAUGGUCUUUCCGUUCUUAGUGGUAACGAGCUCGGGCCUUUGUUCUCGGCCCUGAUCAUCCAGUACCUUAGUAUGGCAUGGGCAUUCUACAUUGUAGCCAUGUUCAUCGGCUUCAAUUGUCUCACGAUGUUUUUCUUCAUGGCAGAGACAAAAUACACGAACUCGCGCUUCUCGACAAGCUUGGAAAUUGUUGAGCAGGUUCAACCAGAUCCGAGAAAGAUCUGCGCUGAAAAUAUCGAGGAUAUCCGCAGAGGCUCGUGUAAUGACUCGGAAACCCAGCCUUCUGGUCCGCAGAAAGACAGCUAUCUCAAAGAGCUUCUACCAUUUCGGAAAGCCGACCCCGAGAUUUCUCUACUCAAGGUUUUCCUCCGACCAUUUGCUCUUGUGUGCUAUCCCACCGUGUUGUGGGCAUCCAUGACAUACGGUGUAUCGCUUGGCUGGAAUGUCAUAAUUGGUUCCACCGUGGCCCAACUUUUCGGAGAACAAUACGGAUUUGACUCUCAAGCCCAGGGACUAGUUUUUCUGUCACUGUUCGCGGGUUCAAUUGUUGGCGCAUGGCUCUGUGGUUCUGUUUCUGACUCUUGUGCUAACUACCUUACACGCAAAAACGGUGGUAUUCGAGAGCCCGAGAUGAGAUUGCCUACAAUGUGUAUGGGCACAUUAUUGCUGUUGUUUGGAAGCCUCAUGGCAGGUCUGACAUACCACUACCACUCGCAUUGGGCGGGACCUGUUAUAGGGUUGGGCGUAUUGACUGCGGGAGCGCAGAUUGGUGUUUCUCUUUCAAUGAGCUAUGCUCUGGACUGCCACAAGGAGCUCUCUGUGGAGUUGAUGGUGACAAUCGCAUCUCUGAAGUCCCUCAUGGCCUGGAUAUGGACAUGGGUGAUCAAUGACUGGAUUGUAAGCAGUAGCAUGCUUACCGUCUUUAUGAUAAUCGCCGCUAUCAAUGUUGCGGUUCAUUUGACGACGAUUGGUUUAUAUUUAAGGGGUAAGAACAUUCGCAUUUGGCUAUUCGAAAAGGAUUUUCUCCGGAGGUUUAAGCUGGAGUAG